CAAGGCCAGUUCACCUAUAUAACAUGGACAUCACAUCCACCUCUACCAUUUCUCCGCGACAGGUAGUGAGGCAAGCAGAAUGAAGACGGCCCUUCCACUGAUCGCUGUGCUGGCGAGCUUUCUCUGGUUAGCUUCAGACCGAGUUAAUUCGGCUCCAGCGCCACACGAGCCGGCAGGCAACGGAGUAUUGGACGCUCCAGCGCCACCCGAGCUGGCAGGCCGCACAUUCUUUGACUUAAUAUUGAACAUUCCAAGAUCCAUUCUCAACUCCGUAAACAAAGAAUUGAACGAUAAUGGUGUGAAGUGUAAGGACGGCAGCUUGCCAGUGGACAAGGACGGCAAGGGGACCUGCCACGACAAUGUCCUCGCGGCUCCAGCGCCACACGAGCCGGCAGGCAACGGAGUAUUGGACGCUCCAGCGCCACCCGAGCUGGCAGGCCGCACAUUCUUUGACUUAAUAUUGAACAUUCCAAGAUCCAUUCUCAACUCCGUAAACAAAGAAUUGAACGAUAAUGGUGUGAAGUGUAAGGACGGCAGCUUGCCAGUGGACAAGGACGGCAAGGGGACCUGCCACGACAAUGCCCUCGCGAUUCCUAAGAGUGCGAUUGACUCUGUCAACGAUUUACUGAAUGGUUAACAUCCCAAAAGCACCAGAAGAAAUUUAGCUUUUAUAAAGGUCAAUUUAUUUAUUUAUUCUUAAUACAUAUUAAACAAAUUAAAAUAUUUGUAUUGUU